GUCGAGCACUUUUCAGUAGAACAGUUUAACGACGACCGAUAUUGCUCACCCUCGGUACCUACACAGGCUGAUCAAUGCGGUCACCCACCCGUUUACUGACCGCAUCUGCAUUGAUGCUUGACUUCGAUGUUCUACUAGGAACGGAGUCCUUACGAUCAGUCUACUGCGGGACAAAAGAGAUUAAAUUCAGCUGCUUUUUCUAACCUAUUUCUUUCACUUUUCUGUUGAAAGCGAAUGCAAAAAAUGUUUUCAAUUUAAAUAAGAAUAAUUUGCAGUUCAUGCAAUCAUGGUACUAGCUGCGAUGGUAUAAUUAAAUGAAUUGAAUUCCCAUUACUUCUUAAAUUUUUAGUCACACGUGGCAUCUCAGCAGAAGGGAAUUUUCAAAUAAAUUCAAGAGGGAAAGGAUUGAAGGUGCAAGAAUUCAAUUACUACGGUUAAAUCUGUGGAAAGAUUCAUGAAAUCAUGCAAUCGGAACAACGUAAUUUCCAAAUACAGAUGCAUCCUUUUACAGGAUGAAAAAUGUGUCUGGGGUCAACUAGUUUUAUUUUAUUCUAUUUGGCGACUAAUGUGGGUUUAUUGUGGUAGCUACAUUUGUUUCUCUGGGAACGCUCAAAUAAGUAAAAGAAUUACAUAUUAGGGGGAGGAAAGCACUCAACAGCCUGUUGGGAGAUUACCUUUCUUCAGGAAUCCAAUGGGAGGCUUGAUCCCGAAUCAUGAUGUCACAGCAUCGCUGAUACGCAUGCGCAAAUCGAUAAGAAAUCAUCUCUGCCUAGGCAUCCACUGCCGGAAAUUUUUGGCUCGUGUAAAUUUGAUAUUUUGAUGAAGUUGGCAUUUCUUACGCCUCGUUGAUGGCGAAAGAUUAUGUUUUUUUAAUCGAAAAUGGGAGAUAUAAUCCCGCCAACGUUAUCCCCCGGUACUAAAUCAUUAUAAGGAUCCUACUUUUAACGUGAUAUCAGGAGAAGGUAUUGGCGACUGUGGAACUUGUUGAAUGUGGCAGAUGAUUACAUAUUUUAAAGGAUACUAAUUGGUGACAUAACAUUUCAUCUUUCGUGUCUUUUUAAAGUGGUUGAUUUCUUUUGAUUCAAUUCUUUUAGCUCAUUUAUUUCCAGUUGACAAUAUGUUAUGCUUAUAAAAAUCGUACCGAAUUUCUUCAUCUAAGUUCACUGUUAUUUAAUAAUUAAUCGUAAACUUAUAUAAACGUAUUACUAUUUAGAUGUCUAUUUAAAAGUAAGAAGAAACUUUAGGUUCCUUUGUUUGAGGGACUGAUUUACUUGUGUACAUAGUUUAAUUCCGGAAGAAUUUAUGAAUCGAAACAUAUGUGAAAUCAGUUUAGAAAAUGAUUGGAAAUUUCCUUCUUCGGUGGUUUCUAAUAGCUGCCAUGAUUAAUUUUUUACUCAUUUUUUGUUACUUCAUGCUAUUAGAAAUUUUCAGGCUUUUUACCGAAGACAUUAGAUAUGACACAACUGAAAUGUAAAAUUGUUAAAUCAGUAAUUAAGGAAAGAUAUACAUUUUAUGAUGCUUACUUUCAAAAUCUUUCAGCACUUGUUUCGAAGUUUGGCUUUAUAAUGUGUGUUUUUUUCUAUCUUGCGAAACGCUUAGAAUCACUUCGUUUUUAUCAAAAUCUGAUCAGAUCAAGAUAAUCUUGUUUAUCUCUUACCUUGUUUACUAUUCAGAAUUUUAGUAAACAUAGAUUUAUUAUCUUCUUUUUACUGUCUAUUUGUUAUUUAAUCUACUAUUACAGUAAACUACUUCACUAUUACUUAUAAUCUAAAGCAAAAUAAAUUUUCUUUCCUUUAUUUUUAAUCAAUCCUGAAAUUAUUUGCAUUUGAGAAAUAUUGCAAACAUCUUUCGCUAAAUUUCUGUGCAUAAUUUAACAUAAGACAUUAAACAAAUCAAUUUAAAAUUUAUUUUCUUCCUGUUUGUUUAAACGGCAUUUCUUUGUUCUAAUUCUAAGUGAUUCGUUAUUUCAAAACAAAACUUUAAUUAAAUACACUUAAGCUUUAUAAAACUGAACUUUGAUGUUAAUAUGCUCAAAUAUUAAUUUUAGUUUAAUCUCCUAUAUUCAGUUCUCGGUAAACAAUAUGCAUAAUUAUUUAAUUGCCUCCAACCUGAAAAAUUUUACACUUCCCAUAAUAUGCUUUGAACUGAAUAUGCAUACCUGAAUUUGUUUUACUUAAGUAUGUGUAACAUUUAAUAUCUGUGUGUUACUAUGCAUAUUUUUAUCAGUGUUACUAAUGAGCGUACUUAAUUCGGUGUUACAAACCAUGUCUGUGUUAUUCAUACUUAAAUCUUCAUUCAUCAAUAGAAUCACUGUGAUCAAUCAUUCAAUUUCAUUGAUACUAGAAGUACACAAAUGUAUUUAAAUGAAUUGUUUGCUCAAUAUCUGAGACAAAAUAACAUUGCAUUUCACUAAACAUAUCAAAACUUUGUUUCGUAACAAUCAAUAUUAAUUCAGGAAAGAUAGUAUCUAUUUAUGGGUAUCUUGAAGCUUCCAAGUACAUAUUUUUUGGAAAUUGUUUUUUUAAGAACAUCUUGAUGUGGUGUCCUUUCAUAACUUAUAGUCUAACCUUGAUUUUAUUCGGUGUUGGAACUUUUUCUGGAGAAUUUUCUUGCUCUGUUCCGCAUUUUUACCGUUUGAACUUCUCAAAGAAAUUCAGUAAUUCUUACAUGAUAUAUUUUCUGGAAAAAAAAUAUUAAAUUUCAAAAAUUUGCUUGAAGUAUCAAUAAAUGUGGAGCUUGGUCUUCAAAUUCAAACAUUUUCCUAAAAAUCGAGAAGUUUUGGAACUUGGUGGUCUUCAAAUUCCAUCAACGUUUUAAAAGUAUUCUUCAUAGAGCUUUGUGUUUUUUUAAAUUCAAACACUGUUUUCUAAAGUAUCAAUAAAUUUUGGAGUUUUGUGGUCUUCAAAGUAAUCUAAUCUUCAAAGAAAUAAGAGUUUUAGUAUUGCUUAGAAACUGAUAAAUAUUGCUUUAAGAUCGAUAAAUAUUGGAGCAUUGUGAUCUUAAAAUUAAACAAUGUUUUUAAGUAUUAUUUGUGGUCUUCAAAUUCUAACAAUGUUUUUUAAAGUAUAAAUAAAUGUUGGAGUUUGAUGGUCUUCAAAGUAAUCUAAUCUUCAAAGAAAUAUUUUUUAAAACCUGAAACGAACACUAACUGUCCAGUUUGUGUUUAUAAUAACUUAAACACAGUGAAAUAAACUGAAGCCUCAUAAAAUAAAAAUGAGUGUAGUUCAAGAAAACCUUUUUAUAAUAAGUCUGAACAUUACAACUCAUUAAACUAAGGCAUUAUAACAUUUGUAAAAAAAUAAUAUCGCCACAACUGGAUGAUAUGACAUUCAUAUUUCAUUAAUUUUACAAUCAAGACUUUCGCCAUUUUUUGUGUGUUCAAAGACGUAUUUGACUAAUCCCUCACGUGACCUUUUACAAUAAGUCACACCAUUACAACUCAUUGAACUAUGUCAUUCUAACCUUUGUAAGAAAUGUCACCACAACUAAAUGCUAUGACGUUCAGAUUUCAUUGAUUUGAACAAUCAAGACAAUCGCCAUUUUUUGUGCGUUCAAAGACAUAUGGUGAAAAUCUUAAGAAAUCUGACAAAUUAAUCUGUCUGACAAUGACAGAAAAGCAGAAAGAGUAUUUGACCGACUCCUGUCAUCUGCAUCUCCCUUGUCCUUCCAAAUCAAGGUGCUCAGUUAAAAGCCACAGCUCAAGCUGCAUCAGUAGUCAGUACGAAAAUCAGUACUUUGAGGGGGGAGGUAAAGGUCCCCUGUGGUUCACCAAAAAUGACGAAUUCCCUCGCUUGCUCACCACGCCACCGUCUUCAUCCAAAGAACCAGAUCCUUCGGACUCUAUGAUCAAAAAGAAAAAGAAGAAAAGAAAAAAGAAAGUAUUUGCCAUUGAUAUGUCCGGCAAUGGUAGCCGUAAGGUCCACAAGUGCAGACGUGGUAGUGGUUGCAAAAGACAAAGACUGCACUCUGAAGAUAGUUCGAAUCGAAGAAGUAGUGGAGUUGGUAGAGACUUCGAACAUUCGAAAAGAGCCAGGUUGGCUAUUGUGGUGGUUGCCCUCUCCCUAAUUAUGCUGAGCUUCUUUUUGGUGGGAUUGACACUAAGAAUGGCUCCAAUCAUUGAUGAGCUUGUGCGUAAAGGAAACGAAGAAAUUUAUCGUUCCAUGACAGCUGGUGCUUCAACUUCUCCUCCGACGUUAGAGGGCGCAGUGGUUGUCAACAACACUGCGCCACCUAGUGGUACUUCUGGAUGAUGAAAAGCCUCUUGAAAUCGAAGAUAUAGUAUAUUGUUGUGUAACACGAAAAAAAUGUGUCAAAUAGAUUGUUACAUUAAGUAGAUUCUAUGACAAGUUAACAUAAUAUUGUUACGCGUUUUUGGGGUCAAGUUUAUAUUGAAUAUCAAUUUAAUAAACUGGUACUAUACUACUUAUACAGAGGCUCAAAUAUAUUCAAAAGAAAUUAUUAUUGUUAAAUCUCUCUCUCUACAGUUCUGAGUUCAAUAAUUUUUUGAAUCCUUAACAAAUAAUAGAGCCAAAAUUAUACUAUUUAAAUUUCCAUUUUGUUUAAACUUCAUCCAGGUGCAAAUUUUAGUGCAUAGAAAACUAUUUUUAUUAUUAUUAUCAUUAUUAUUAUUGAAGUUAAGAGCUUUGUAAAAAGUAACACUUUUAAUGAUAAAAAUAGGUUUACAUUUUUAUUUUAAAGUUUUUCCCUUUUAUUGUUUAUUUUGUAA